AUGGGAAAAUCUGUACAAUCUCCGGCCAGAGCCCUCCAACAAUUCUCCCGGGUUAUUACCUCUAAUAGAAUCCAACGCCGCUCCGACUGCCAGAUUAAACCCGCUGUUUCCAAAACCCGACCCACCAAGCCUCCUUCCUCCUCCCAGUCCCAGCCCGCCACCCGGGUCGGAUCACCACAGCAGUGGCCGCAGCUCCGAGCCGAGUAUAAGAACAUGGAGGCCAUUAAUUCGAAGCCCAAGACGUCGGAGCAGGGACAGCGGUUGCCACUGGCGGAAGUGGUGGCUGACUGUGUCAAGCGGUGGUUUCAGGACACCCUUAAAGAGGCCAAGGCUGGUGAUACUUCCAUGCAGGUGCUCGUGAGUCAGAUGUAUCACAGUGGUUACGGAAUUCCUAAAGAUGACCAAAAGGGAAGAGCUUGGAUGAACAAAGCUUCGAGAACGCGGUCUUCAGUAUGGAAAGUCAGUGAUAAACGUCCAGGGUAUAAUGCAAGCGACUCAGAUUCUGAUGACACGAAGCCCGCGGCUAAAUAA